CAGAACAGCACAGGGAGACGACACAGCUACAAACGUACAUUAGAGUUGAAGUAAGAAGUAGAAGUUACUGUAUUUGACCACAAGUGUGUUAAGAUGUCAAAGGGAGUCUAUGAAAUCCCAGAUAGAUUUGAAGACGAUGAGCCUUAUGCAAUGAAGAACACAGACAUCGAUGGCCAAAUAUAUUCCAAUGUAAGAGCCUUCAAGCCCAGUACAAGAGAUGGAGUUGUUGCUUCAGAGCCUGAUAGCUCAGGGAAGAGACCCUUCCUAGUUGCCGCAGUGUGUCUGGGGCUGCUGUGUGUUCUCCUACUGGCUGGGAUCAUAGGCCUGUCUGUCUACUGGCAGUAUUGUCAGGAGGGAUGGAGAUACUUUGACUCUAGUUUGUACUUCCUCUCUACUGAGAAGAAAACCUGGGAGGAGAGCAGACAGGACUGUCUGGAGAGAGGAGCAGACCUGGUGAUCAUAAACAGCAGAGAGGAACAGACAUUUGUCUUCAACCUCCACCUGAGAGCCUGGAUUGGUCUGACUGACUCUGUCACUGAGGGGACCUGGAAGUGGGUGGACGGCACAUCACUGACCACAGGGUACUGGAGCGCAGGACAGCCUGAUGAUAGAGGGCAGGAGGACUGUGCUGAAAUAUACUUUAGUAAAGAUGACCCUGUAACAACAUGGAAUGAUGACAAAUGUGGCACAAAUCAUAACUGGAUCUGUGAGAAUGUGGUGUAAAAUAACCUACAGUAACAAACA